CAUGUCUGUGUGCUUGAGGGCUGAAGGGGAUUGAGGGUUUUUUAUUGACAUGAUCAACAAGUGCACAAGUAGCUGGGUUACUGAUUACGGGUUAUGUUGUAGUUUGUUUUUGAUAAGACUCUUGUUUUAAGCACAAAGUCCUGCCAGGUACAACAAACCUUCAGCUACUUUACCAUAUCCCUUCCAUCCCUCAUAGGAUCACCGCUGCUUCUCAGGUCUUUUGGUGUUGUGUUUUUUGCUUUUUUGCAUCCGUUGAGCACACAGCAGCAUCAUGAGUGUAGAAUCCAAAAAACCACGUGAGGCCUGCUGCUCCAAGCUCAAGCUCUUCCUGGCCUCUAUGGCAUUUGUAUAUUUUGCCAAAGCCUUUUGUGGAGCCUAUAUGAAGAGCUCCAUCACUCAGAUUGAGAGGCGUUUUGACAUCCCCAGCUCCUUGAUUGGGGUUAUAGAUGGCAGUUUCGAAAUGGGCAAUCUGUUGGUAAUAGCCUUUGUUAGCUACUUUGGUGCAAAGCUCCAUCGUCCCAGGCUGAUUGCUAUUGGCUGCUUGAUCAUGGCUGCUGGAUCUUUCCUUAUAGCCCUGCCACACCUCUUCCAAGGACUAUAUAAAUAUGAGACCAGUGUGUCUCACAGCAAGGAUGUCAACAGCACCGAGAACAUCCUGCCCUGUUUGUCCAACCACAGCAUGACUGAUGCAGAUGAGACACCUGAUUUAGAGGCCAGAACAGCUUGUGAAAAGGCAGCUGGCUCAUCCAUGUGGAUCUAUGUAUUCCUGGGAAACAUGCUGCGUGGGAUUGGAGAGACUCCCAUCAUGCCUCUGGGUGUGUCCUACCUGGAUGAUUUCUCCAGAGAGGAGAACACUCCCUUCUAUUUGGCCUGUAUCCAUACAGUGGGAAUCUUAGGACCUAUGUUUGGGUUCAUGCUUGGGUCCUUCCUUGCCAAGAUCUAUGUGGACAUUGGAUCUGUGGAUUUAGACAGUGUCACCAUUAACCAUAAGGACUCCCGCUGGGUGGGGGCAUGGUGGCUGGGCUUCAUAGUGACUGGCACUGUGAUAUUGCUGUCCAGUAUCCCACUCUGGUUCCUGCCUAAGGCUCUGCCCAAGCAGGGCCAAGAGCAGAGUCAAAGUAAGAGCACAGAACUCGCCACAGUUGCAGAGCAGGAGAAUUUCCUCCCAGAGGAAAACCAGGAACAUGAAGAGAAAGAGAAGCCAGUCACAUUCCAGGAGCUGGCUAAAGAUUUCAUUCCAUCUCUGAAACGACUCUUCAGGAACAGCAUCUACUCACUGAUGAUCCUCACCUACCUGGUGUCUGUCAAUGGCUUCAUUGGCAUGAUCACAUUCAAGCCAAAGUACUUAGAGCAAAUCUAUGGCCAAUCAGCCUCCAAGGCCAUUUUCCUCAUAGGUAUACUGAACCUGCCAGCAGUAGCUUUGGGCAUCAUCACUGGAGGUUUUGUUCUGAAACGUUUCAAGCUGGGCAUCAUUGGAGCAGCCAGGGUGUCGAUUACUGCCUCUUUUGGGUCCUUUUGUCUGCUUGCCAGUCAGGUCUUCAUCCACUGUGAAAAUGCAGAUGUGGCUGGUCUCACCAUCUCAUAUCAGGGGGCUCCUCAGGUGUCCUACAACCAACAGACUUUGUUGUCUCAGUGCAAUAUAGGCUGCUCUUGCUCAAUGAAGCACUGGGACCCGGUGUGUGCCAACAACGGCAUGACAUACGCCUCGCCUUGCCUGGCUGGCUGCCAGACCUCCACCGGCACUGGCAAGGAAAUGGUGUUCCAUAACUGUACCUGCAUUGGGGAGAUGAUGACUCCAGACAUGAACAUGUCUGCAGUGCUGGGGCAGUGCCCUAGGAAGAAUGACUGUGAUCACACAUUUAAAAUCUACAUGGCUUUGUCCGUAUUGGGUUCCUUCAUUUCUGCAUGUGGAGGCACACCAGGAUACAUUGUACUACUCAGGUCCAUACAGCAAGACCUGAAAUCACUGGCUUUGGGUAUGCAGACACUGAUAGUGAGAACUCUGGGUGGGAUACCUCCUCCCAUUUAUUUCGGCGCACUCAUUGACCGAACCUGUUUGAAGUGGGGUACCAAGCUGUGUGGAGGCCGAGGAGCAUGUAGACUCUAUGAUGCUGAUGCCUUUAGAAUGACAUUCAUGGGGUUGAUUACUGGACUCUACUUCUUAUCCAACAUGCUGUGGGGAGGUCUCUACCUCACAAUUGUCAAGAGACAGAAGAAGUUAGCCUUGAGGAAUCAGGCCAAAGAAAAUGGACUGGAGGGUAACAGAGUGGUCAAUGGACAUGCCAACAUCCACAUCGCUAAAAACAAAGAAGACACAGACAGGGAAAGCACGAUUUGAGGUGUUUUGGGAGGGAAACACCAUUGUAUAAUGCAGGUAAUUGACACAUACAGUAUUUUCCGUUGCUUAACUACUGUGCUGCACCCAUACUGGACCAAAUGUGGUCAUGGUACAGUGUCAACUCUCUUUGGUCUUCAAGUAGUAUACCUCUUUUUUUUUUACACAGAUAUUGUGCCAAAAUUGUCCAUUUAUUUUGUUUACUUCACUUCAAAAAGGUCAAAAAAUCCUGACUAGAGCUUAGUUUUAAUAUGAACAACAUUCAAAUGUCAUUUAAUCAUAUGCAAUUCACAUCUAAACAAAAAUGGUUUUAUGCACAGGACAUAAAUUCAGAGGUCUUUUUUCUCUACUUCAAGUGUACCAAACUAUAAUAGGAACAUAUACUGUGCUGUGUGUGUCAAUGCGGGCAAAGCACCAGAGCAGCCCAGACUCACUUACAAUGACACAUUUCAGAGUCAGUGUCAGAGGAAGCGAGAAGAACACGUCAGAUAUUAGGAAAACUUUUGGCUUGUGUCCAACAAUUAUACUUGAAUAGCAUUAGGUCAGGAAAUGAUAGUAUUGUCUCACCCUACAGCUUUACAUUCGAAGUGAUUUAUGUGCAGUGACAGUUUGGCAAACAUGUAUACAGUAUACGUAUGUACAAUAUACUGUAUGUGUUUUCUUUCAUAUUUUUCAGUUAUGGGUGAGAGUUUGUGAGAUAAGACAGCCCUCCUCAUUGUCGUCAAAGAACUGUAUUAUCAUGAAGACAUUAAGGAUGGUUUAGGUUUGGGUUUAGAGCAUGUAAUAGUGUAGUAAAAAAGUAGUGUAGAGCUUAGAUGAGUAAAUGUACCAUCUUAAAUACACAAGGAUGAAAUCAAACUGGGAUUACAAAGGCAUAAUUAUAAUGUAAAUAGUUUUGUGUGACUAUAGCUGGUAUAAUAUGGACUGCCAGAGUUUGAAAUCCCAAAUAGAAGACUAUUUUUGUUGCAAGAAAGAUCCCCUUUACUUAAAUAUGAGAUACUGUAGAUGGUAUCGGUGCCAGCACAGCUGAAGACAUGUAGUGCUUUGUUUUGCUUUGCUUUUGCCAGUCAGAGUCUGAGCUGGAGAUUUUCAGAUUUACUGUCAAUAAAGGCUGUGAUUGCUGCAGGCUGACCCAGUCAGUGAAAGCAACACAGAGUUCUAGCUUGUCUAGCAGAGUUCUCGGAGAAUGAAAGUAAUAGUUUAUUACAGUAGAUUGGCCAGACAAGUAAUACUUGACAUUGUGCCUGUGUCUACGAGCAUUAUGUUCAUGCAGAUGUAAAGCUAUUGGAGGUGGAGACCCAAACACAACGCCAUCUUUAUUGGCAUCUUGUUUAUUAACCUUUUUUUUUGGUAUUUUGCGACUCCAAACAAUCCUGCUUGCUCUGUGGUGGUGCCAAAAAUUAGUAACCUAAAAAAAUGGUUUUUAAUUUUUUUUCAUAUUUCCUCUCCUGUCAAAAGUUAGAUGAUAACGCUAAAACCACUUUCAUAUCUGUGCAUUAAAUAUUAAACUAUAGCCAACCAUUACCUUAGCGUAGCACAAAGAUUUAAACAGCUAAACUGGCUAGUUUGUUUAAUCAGUUCAAAAACAAAAGUGUAAAAACGACAAGAUGUGGUUGUACGUGGCGUUAUGUGUGGACAAUUUCUUGCAAAUGUUAUGAGUCACAUGCAUAGCCAUAAUUUUUUGUAAGUGCUGGGUAAGAAUAAGCUGAAUAAACAAAACGAAAAAUUUCGUUGGCCAGGAGCAGUGACUUCAUGGAGUCUUGUUGUCACAGUGAGGUUCCCUGGCAACCAACAAAGAAUGCAUAUUAAACAAAUUAGAAAUAAUGUUUUAAAUAGUGAGCUCUAAACAUGCUGAUAGGCUAAUUUUGAGCUUUGGACAGAGUCAGGCUAUCAGUUUCCAUCUUAUCCCACCCUGUGCUAAGCUGACCAGCUGGUGGCAGUAGCUUCAAAUUUACUGUGUGGCUGUGAGAGUAGUAUCAAUUACACUCAUCCAAAAAGAAAGCAAAUAAGCAUAUUUCUGAAAAUGUUGAACUAUUCCUUUAAAACACCUUUAAUCAGUAUUAAAUAAUAGCUUAAAUUUUAUUGUAUGUAUUUAGUUACCGUCGUUAUGGCUCAACCUAAUAGACAAUAUCGUCUUAUAAAAUAAAAACUAAAGGAAUCUCAGCGUCUUUUAAAAAAGGGAAUAUAAUGUGAUAUAAUCUGUUCUUGGAGCCACCUUCGGCUACUUUAUAUAAAUAUUUGAGUUGCAUUUUAUUUGAGACACUACAUCUGUUGGGGGUCAAAUGUAAUAGGAAAAGGGACAGAAAGGCUUUUUUUGAUGGUUUCAUUUUAUGUCAGGCUGGUAAAUUUAUUCUUACUGUUAGCAAUGUGCCCCAGCAACAUUUUGCAUCUCUGGAUAGCUUACCUGUCAGACAUGGCACACACUCUCUUGUUACAUCACAUUAAUUUACAAAAACCCUAAAGGUCGUGAACAUUCAUACAAUUCUCUGACUCAUCAGUGUUUGUCUGGUAAAGUUCACUGUAGCUUGCACAGUGGACUAUGACUGAGUGGAGUGUAUCUCAAACUUGACUGUACUAUGUUUUACUCUGUUAUACUCUGUAGUUGUUGAUCAAAUGUAUCAUCAAUUAAUAUAAUUAUUGUUAAUAAUAACAAUUUUUGUAUUCAUUUAGAUAUGUUUGUAUCGUGUCCAUAUAUUUUGUUUAUCAUCAUUUCUGCCUUUUUUUUUUCAAUUUUGUUGAUUGUCCUUGUAGCAUAUUUGUAAGCAUUAAAGACAAAUGUUCCCAAUAUAUUUAUACACUGUUUUUAUUUAGUUUCUUUUUUAACAUGUUCUCCUAAGGCUGCAACAAGCCUGUUAUCAUGUUGUCUCUACUGUUUAACAUUAUAACUUUUUUUGUACUUCAGGUUACAUGUGAAGUUGUAUUUUUGCCAUAUGCUACAUUUGUCCCACUGUAAAGCUGCUAUUGUCCUCAUAAAACAGCUAUAAUCAAUAUUUUAAUAUUAACAGUAGAUCACUUGACUAUUUCUAAAAGGGGUCUUAAAUAAUAAUGAGUCAGAGAAAUAUCACCCCCCUCUACAGCUACCCUCAACUCAACCCAAGCCACCUGAGCUUUUUAGCAUAUUUCAGCCUCACAGAUCAGUGAGGACUACUUGGAGAAAAACUUUCUCAUCAUUACUGGUCUAAUUUUCUGAGCAAAUCUGUAUAUUAACAACACCACAUCAUCUUUCUCUAUGCACAUGUGCAUCAAUAUUCAUGCUUAUACAUAUGCAUGCUUAAAAUUGAAGGUUAAGAUUACAUAAUCUGGUUUGAUCAAACAUUGACUGAUCAAACUCUGACUCUUCUGUGUUUACUUUGUGAUUCACUAAAUAUGUUCGUUAAUAUGAGGUUAUAUUUUCACCUGUGUCUGUCUGUUUGUUUGUUUAUUUGUCAGAAGGAUUACGCAAAAAGUACUGAACCAUUUUGCACCAAACUUGGUGGAGGGAACUGGGUGUGGGCCAGGGAAGUACCCAUUUAAUUUUGGUGCAGAUCUGGUUAAAUGGGAGGAUCCAAGAAUGUUUUUUUUUUUUUUACCACUUUCCUUAACAUUGCAAGAUAGGAUUAUAGGAAGAUAGGAUAAUAAUCUGGAUCCGGUGGAAGAAAAGGCUGAAUCUGCAUUACACACACAGUUGUACUUACUAUGUUUUA